UCCCUUUGGUUUGCCACGAGGAACAACCUUUAAAAUUCCGCGGAAUCGACGACGUUCUUUGAUUCAGAUUAAUUUUUUUUCUCGAUUUCUUCACUUUCAAGGUUUGGCUUCUGAGUUUUUUUUUUCUUCUUUUGGCUGUUUUUUCACUCACUUUACAUCUGUUCGAAUCCCACAUUCUCUCUGUGUGUUUCUUCCAAACAUCAUUUGAUUUCGCCACUUUCUUUUCAUGGAUCGCAAAAACUUCCUAGAGUAAAGCUUAAGUUUUUGCUUUUGUUUCUGUUAAUGUCAGGGGAAAGAGAAUCCUUUGUACAGUUUGUUUUUUUCACCUUAAAAAGCAAACUCCUUUCGUCACUUCUUUAAUUUUUUUCUAAAAAAGGCUGGUUUUACAAAAAAAAAACCCUAGAUUUCGGUUCAAACAGUCUUCUAGAAUUAAUAUCCAAUCACUGUAGGUUGAAGUUUGCUUGUUUCUGAAUGUAACGCUCAUGAACUUUGGGGAAAGUUUAAAGAGGGUUUUUGAUUGAUUGAAAGUUCAUCACUUCUGCAGGGUUUAAUGUAAUCCAAUUUGCCUCCCUUUGCUUGUUUUUUUUUUGGUUUUGCUAUUUAGAAUGAAAUAAUGAUUUGAAAAGUGGUUAAAACUUUUUUUUUAUGUACUACUAGUUCUAUGUUUUGUUUGAAAGUGUGAUGAAAUCUGAAUUGAUGAUGACAGACACUUACUAGCUGAUGGCUUCAGCGGCCGAGAAUGAGGCCAUUGUACAUACUUCUCCUCAGAUUUGUGACGUAGAGAUGCUCCCGGUUCUUGAAUCUUCCUCCCUCCACUUGUUAUCACCUUUGAUUGUACAGGAACAUAUGACAACAAGGAGUCAUGAUGCUGCUGUUUUGGACCAAGAGUUUGUGGUUCCUUUCCCAGACCCUGCCUCUACGUUAGACAUCCAUGGUUCUGCCACAUCACAUCAGGGUGUUCAAGUUACAUCUUCUUCAGUUAACCAUUCAGAGCCUACUAACAUCUCAUAUGGCGGAUCAACAACACUCAAUACACCUCUUGCUAACAACCACCCUACUAUGGGACACAAUCCUCCCAGGCAUUUGUUUAAUGACCCAUAUGAGUACGAACUCGAGAAGAUACGCAUUGAAGAAGACAACUUAAAGAAGAGCCUUGAAGAAACAAUAUCACAGUUAAUGGCUGAGCUCGAUAAAGAGAUGGCUGAAGCGCGAAGCGAGUUUGAUAGGGAAUCACAAGAGCUUGAUGCCAAAGUGAUGGAGGUAGAAGCUAAUAUGGGUCUUGUUCGAACGGGCAGUCUUUUGGCCAACGCUUUCGUUUCUAAAUGCUCAGAGAGGAGUGCAUCCAAUGAUCUUGCCGCUGUAAGAGCUAUGAUCUCUCAACAUUCAACUCAGCAGCAACAAGCAGUACAAACAAACACACAGAUGAGUUCAACUGCUCCUCCAAGAGUGAGACCUCAGCAAGCAAGCACACGUGUUGGUACUAGUGCUCCUCCUCGACCCUCUGUUAUAGCAGUGGAUGAUGACCCUGUCCCAAACUCAUCAGGUCCUCUUCUUCAUCUCCAGCGCCGCACCACGACUCUACCAAGUCCGAUAUCUCAGCAAGCAGCACACACGCAUGUGAACUCAACCGCUCCUCCUCGAUCCUCAGUCACACCAGUGGAAGAUCCAAUCCCAAACUCAUCAGGACCUCCUCUUCCUCAGCUCCUGCGGCGCCCCACCACUCAAACAAGUCUGAUGUCUCAGCAAACAUCACAAGCACACACGCAUGUGAACUCAACCGCUCCUCCUCCUCCGUCUCCACCUUCAGUCACAUCAGUGGAACCUCAAACACCGAAUAAUAAUUUACGUCCUCUUGUGCGCUUUCCUCCUCGCACCACAACGACUCAACCAAGUCCGAUGUCUCAGCAAGCAUCAAACACAAACGUGAAUUCAACAGCUCUUCUUCCUCGACCCUCAGUCACAACAACAGAAGCACUUCCUCGAACCUCAGUGACAACAACAGAAGUACUUCCUCUGCAUUCACCGCUCUCCAACAACACGCCUAGGCCAAGACCGCGUCCUGUAAUCUCCAACCUGACUCCAUCUUCUUCUUCUUCUCCACCUGUUCGUGGCCCGGCGCCUCAUAUAAUGCGUGCCUCAGCUCCUCAUUUGACUCGUAGACAGGCGCCGCCUCAUUUAAGGCAAUAUGGAUCAUCUCCAGCUCCCAUGUCUGCUGCUGCAACAACACAUCCAACAAGCUCGGUUCAAGAACAAGAGAAGCAGCAGCAGCAACAAGGGAAGUCAAAUGGUGGUUUGGUUCAUCUAUCAGAUGAAGACUAGUAGUUAUAAAUCUUACUAUUUCUUUUUCUUUCAGUUUCUGCAACAUUUUGUUCGAGUUUCAUAACUGACAACAAAACCAAACCAAAACUAAAAUGUUCAAGAAAUUGAAAGAAAAUAACAAAUCACUUUCUUAACA